CGCACGACGAGUGGUGCAAGCUGGCGUGUCUGUGCAGCAAAAUGGUAGUGAGAAUGGACAUUAAUAUCUCGCAGUAAAUAUUCGCCGAGGGACAGUUUGGGCUGCCGACCGCUUGCACAGCGCCUGCCGACACCGCACCGCCGGGCUCACACCGCCGAUCGGCCGAAUCGGCGCCGCCCCCGCACUCGCAUCACUCCAGCAGCGGUGCCACUGACAAUAGUUUGCGACUCCCGCGGACACACCCCUCUCAGCCUUGACUUCUUCUUGGCCGUAUUUCGUCGCCUGUGCUCACUUACCAGCGGCCAUGGCCGUCCGAAUGGAGACUCCGGCCACCCGCAAGGUCAACUACAAGACCAUGGUGAGUACCGGAUUAUUGCGCUUUUCCGCAGAAGGAGACGUCUCGGAGGAUUUCGCUCCGUCAGCAGUGAGUACCAUUCCUUUUCAUCUCUGCGCACGUUUGGCCUGUGAAACAGCGGUCGGUGCUACAGUUCCUAGACCAGCCUACGGAGGACAGAAGGGCGCAGGAGGUCCUCGGCCAUCCAACAACAUGACUCCCACCUCAGCCGGCUCCACCGCCUACAGACCCGCCCCAGCGGCCGGCCAACAGCAGCAACAAAGUUGGGGUGGCGGCGGAGGCGGCGGGGGCAGUGCCGCGUACGCGCAGGCCGCCUCCAUGCGCUUCGCGGCGCCGAUCUCCGUGUCGGCGCCCUCAUACUCGGCGCCAGCUUACCAGCAGCACAAUUCGUAUUCUAACCAAGCACAGGGCGCGCCCCAGGGGCAGCAGCGGGUGCCGACGGCUGCCUCGCCAGCCACCACCAACAGCAGCGGCAGCAGCAGCAACGCCGGUUCGCAAAAUGGCACCAUCAGCACCAGCGUCAGCACCGGCGGCACCGGCUCCGAGCAACUGUCCAAGACCAACCUGUACAUCAGGGGCCUCAACCAAAACACGACGGACAAGGACCUGGUCGCCAUGUGCUCUCAGUACGGAACCAUAACCUCAACAAAAGCCAUUCUGGACAAGAAUACUAAUAAAUGUAAAGGGUAUGGUUUUGUCGAUUUCGAAAGCCCGGUGGCUGCCGAGACCGCAGUAAAAGCCCUGCAAGCAAAAGGGGUGCAAGCUCAGAUGGCCAAAGUGGGUAUCUCACUUGUGCAUCGUAGGCAAAGUCAACAAGAGCAGGACCCGACUAACCUAUAUAUAGCUAAUUUACCAUUGAACUACAAGGAAAAUGAUCUUGACGCGUUGCUAACCAAAUAUGGACAAGUCAUAUCUACUAGGAUUCUUAGAGACACAAGCGGACAAAGCAAAGGAGUUGGCUUUGCCAGGAUGGAAUCAAAGGAAAAGUGUGAACAGAUAAUCCAGAUGUUCAACUCGCAACAACUGCAGGGCUCCAAGGAGCCUCUCCUUGUGAAAUUUGCCGAUGGGGGCAACAAAAAGAGGAACGCUAUGUACAAGAGCCCAGACCAAAGAAUGUGGGCGAAAGAUAUGGGCGAGGGUGCGCCUGUGGCCUACGACCAGUCGCUGAUGGCGCAGAACGGCAUCCCGACCCAGCUUCUACCCGCCCUCAACCACCAGUACGGCAGACCGUACACCGGCCAAAUCCAAAGCUACUCGAUGCCCAACCCGACGUGGAUGCCUGCCCAGUACGUGAUGCAGCCACACUUGCAACAGGUCGAGCAGAUGAUGCCCUCCACGGACCCGACCAUGCAGUUCGCCGGCUCAAUGAUCCCACAGCUCACAACACACAUGUCAGCGCUGCAGCUUGGAACAUCUGGCUCGUACAUUGCGGCAGGACAUCCACACUACGGCUUCUACCCUCCAGCAGCCUCCAUUAUCCACACAAUGCCCAUGGAGUCUGAACAGCCCUCAAACGCAACCUCACCUGAUGAAUAUCAGCCCUAUCAGAAUCAACCAACCAAAUGGCAGACUGGAUACGACUGAAAGAUGUACAUUUUCAUUUCAACGAAGGAGGUUCUUUCUUCUCUCACACACACAACAAAAGAAGAGCUGCUUUCUUUGGGCCACAAGAUAGCCACGCUCAAGAGUCAUUGACACAAGGGAUUGCCUUUCUGCCUGGAGAGUUGAGAAUUGUUAUUUUUAGGCUCUUUGGUGCUGAUUCCCUUUUUAUUAGGAAAAUGUCUCUUGCGUCGCUAUUGCUAGGCUAAUUUCAUUCGCGGUGAAAAGAAAGAAAGCUCUCUCAUCUUCCGACCUCCUUUCCCCGUCAAAAUAUUUAAAUGAAAAAAAAAUCACACACAUACAUAAAACCAGAUGUAAGAAACCGAGUGACGCAGAAGUUAAGGAAAUUACUGACAAAGCGCAUUGUUGUAUGCUCAUCACAAAAACCGCAAAUUCUUCCGAAGCAUGCAUCAUCAGAUUGAUUGAUCAAAAUUCAAUGUUCACUGUUACUGAGAACCGAGUGUCAACACUGACCGUAGAGUGUUUAUUUGCGAAAAGGCAAAAACUUCUCUCGACUGCCCGCCUGCCUGGAUUUGUGUAUUUAUUUUAAUUAGCUAUUUAUCGCCUAAAGUAGCGUGUUUUUAAAUUAUUCAGCGCCACAUUCCAACCAGAUUAUUAACCGAUAUUUAAUUAUUUAUUGAUUUUCUCAAGUCAUUUGCAAUGAUUUUUUUUUUUUGCAAAGUUGCAAAUGCGCCCUUGUUGAUGAGUUUUGACCUUUCUAGUGUCUAGAUUGUUACGUUUCGAAAUAAAUCAGCUAAAGUGUUUGUUAGUCUUGUCAGGAGAUUAGAAACCUUUUGUCACACACUUACACACGAUGGAUGGGAAAUUUAUUUAGAUAUUGUGCCUUUCAGAAUAUCCUUAGUAAAAAUGAAGCAAACUGUAGUAGUGGAAAUGGUGAAACAAAAACGUUAGGGAUUUUCUCUGAGAUGAAAAAAGAAACCAAAGCCAAAUUACCUUCUAGUUCAUUGUUUAUUAAUUUUUCUAUAUGUUGUAGUAGUUAAUUGUAAUAGAGCAAAACGGGAUUUAAAAUAACUCAAACAGACAGAUUUAAAUAGCUGCUAAAAGUCCUCCUUUCGUGAACUUGUAAAAUGCAGAUGAAUUAAAUUUUAUAAAGAACUACAAGAAACUGACAGGGACCUGGUUUCUACACACAUAGCAAACUGAUUAUUCCCAGACUCCUCUUAUUCGUAGGCUGAAAAUCGUAAACGUUAAUGUGACAACGUGUAGUAGACAAUUUACUGUGUAGCGAAUCUAAAAAUGACGUAAGCAAAAACGAACGAAGAGCUUGUUUUUCACGAAAAAUGGUAACAAAAAAUGUUAAUGAGAAAAAAACACAGCAGUGAACGUGAUUUGUAAUGCCAAACUAACAGCUAGCACAAAAAAAGUAUAAAAGCAGUCGGGCGCUUUUUGUGGCGUCCGAAUCGGAGAUUUUUAUUCAGCAGUGAAAAAGGACAAUGGGGAUAAGUUAUAUUUUUUACCGAAUUUGAUGUUGAGAAAAAACAUAAUAACCAUGAGAACAGGCGCAUUGAUUUGCAAAAAUCCAAGAUCGGUUGGUAAGGAAUUAAAAAAAAACGUAAUCUGUAAAAAAAGUGAUGCUGGACAUAACGGGAAAGAUCAAUGAACAAAAUGAUCGAAAAAUGUACAGAAAACAUUUGCCCUGCUUUGUUUGUUUGUUUGUUUUUUUUUACGAAUGAGGCGCCACUCAAUGCAAACACACACAACACGCAUGGUUUUGGAAACUGCAGAACUGCGAAAAGAAACCUUUCAUGAUUUCCGCUGCCCGUCUCGAGUGCGGAGUUUGUAGAUUUUUGUAGAUAAUUUAAAGAUUAAGAUGUUAGGCCCAGAAAGUGUUUGUUUGUUUCUCCGACAUGAGACGCAUGAACCUGAUCGAGACACACGCGCGCGCGUCAUUAAACGACGAGAGAUGACUUUUCGCGAAACGAGAGAAAAAAGAAGCAGAGUUUUAAUUUGCGUGGUGCACUUUUAGUGUCAUUAGAUUUAAGCUCCUAGCGCGUAGUGAAAAAAGAAGAAACUAGUUUGUAAGGCCCGAAAAUGAAAGGAAG